AUGUUAUCCUUCACUCAUCGAGUGGUCGGCCACCGUGCCAGGCAGCGCCUGCCGCGAAGCCUGCAAGGGUUGCCCACCCCUAACGUGCGGCGUGGGUGGGGCAACAUGAAGAACCUCUCGAAUGAGGAGAAGAGGGAGCUGCUUCACGGUGCAUGGCGAGAUGCGACCCCUAUUCGACUGGUGCCCGACCCGAGCGAUCGAGACAGCGGCACUGCAUCGGAGCCCAUCACGUUCGCUACAGACGAGGCGGCAGAUCGCUAUCUAGCAGAGGAGGAGGAGGACGAGAUGGCGGAGGUGCGUGAGUCCACGCUGGACCUAGCGCAGAACUUCUUUGUGGAACUAGCGACUGCAGCAGAUGAGGAGGUGGAUGGGGCGCAGAUGCCGCCGCCCCCCCAGUCUGACGAGGAGCGCCGUCGCGAAAUGCGCGACGCGCAGCGCGAGUUCUUCGGUGACUUCUACACGGAGCAGGGCAUCAUCGACAAGUCAGAACGAUACGCGUUUGUGGACACCAUGCUGCGACCUUCGCGGCCUCUCUUCUUGGUGAACAGUGUCUUGCCACUGGCGCGGCUUACAAUGCGAGAUCAACUUGAGGCGCACAGUACGGUGUCCACCCACCUCAAUCGCGGCACCGCGAAGGAUGGCUCGACGGGUUUCGCAGGUGAACUCCACCCGUUACCUGUCUUCACGCCGACACCGUUUGACCCAUGCCUCUAUUCUGUUCCCCUUCCACCCACCCAAGCGUUUGGCGCACCACUCCAUGUCCGCUUCUCCAGCUCAACGUCACGAUGGAAGCCACCGAUGCCUCACAGUGAUGCUGAUGCUCAAGCCAUUGGUGACGGUGAUGCAUCACCUGCGCAGGCUCUUAAGGAGGCGCCCGGCGCCCUUUGUGAUCAAGCAGAGUUGCUUUCCAGUGCUGCAUCAGGCAACCUCAUCGCCAGCGCCGAUGUACUCGGCGCGAUGAUGUUGGACGCUGCGCCCUAUGCAGAGGCAGACUCUUCGCACUUUGCAGCCGCAGGCCAGCCUGUGUCUCUGACGAAUGGCACGAGAGAGUCAGCAGCAGCGAGCGACGGAGUAGCUGCAUUUUCGCCUGCCGUGGCAGAUCCAGCGCCCAGCCCGCCAACGCAGCCGCCAAGUCUUGCUCAUAUGUACUGGCUGCAGCGCCAGGUGGCCAGCAGCACUAUGCUCAACGUGGACGACGUGUCAGUCGCGGUGUCGUUGCUGAGUGUACGGCUUGCAGCUGCCGCUGUGUCCGCCAAGGAAGGCGCAUCACAGCCCUACGAAGUUGUUCUCUGCCAAGCGAAUGACCGAGACGAGACGGCCUGCACAUACCACUCGGAAAUCGCACAGUAUCUGUUCAGAGCUCUGCAGGCAGAGUCGAGUGACCCGGCUGCGAUGGACCGCUUGGCGCGGGUGGUGAUCGCCGUGGAGGAGACAUCUUUCACACGCCGCACCGUGACCUUAGGGAACCAGGCGAAAGGAAAUCGCGAAGGUUCGCGGUCCCAACGUCGUCAAGCCCAUCUUGCGUCAUUCCUGUGUCACGAGUCUGCUGUAGCAGUGAUGGACCGGUACCCGAACGUAGUGUAUCUCCAACCUCCUUUGCCGAACGCGAGGGGGCGUUCAUUUACUCCCCCACGUGGCAGCUUGGCGGAAGGCAGGCCAGCACCGAGAGUUUCGCGCCCCCUUAGUCGAGUUGUAGUGUGCGUGCCGGCAACAUCGCAAGACGGCGUUCGUCCCCGGGGCUGGCUCGCCGGUGGCGAAGAGGAGGCAGUCGACGCAGAUGCUGAUCUCGCACCAUUUGAAGUGGGCACAUCAUUGUCGUCUCGCCGCGGCGCUUCGAGCUUCGUUUCAGGGGCGCCACCGAACACCUUCGUGGAACGCUGCCAGAGGGCCAGCGUCAACUUCUCGAAGCUGCAGAAGCAACUCUACGCGGCCAUACGCGCCGUAAGAGCGGACAGCGGUGGUUGGGUCAUCUACGCCACUCAGAGCGCCAACGUAAUUGAGAACGAGGCUGUUGUGUGUGCUGUCUUGCAGCGCAUCCUCAAAGAGGGUGACGGGUUGUCGCUGUCAUGUGAGUCAUGCAGAGCGGAGGGGGAGGGGGCCAAGGACAGUGCGGCGACUGCACGGCAUGCGAGGCGAGCAGUAAGCGUAGAGUGCGUUCCGCUAGACUCACCUAUAAUGGAAGCGUGCGUGGCAUGCUCGGAGGCUGCCUCAGUGCUGCAACUAUUAUGCCGCCAGGGCCGACCAGGUCUCAGCACAUGGGUUGCUAUCGAGGACGGUCCUGUGGGGCAAGAGGCGGAGCAGUAUAGCCUGGAGCUCCGCACUUCUGUUGCCCAGGCGGCGUGGCGAACGGACCCGAUGCGGACGGGCAGUGACGGUGGCUUUGUGGUGUGCUUGCGCGUAACACCGGUACCACAGUCUCAGGAGCAUCAGCAUGGCGGUGGCCGCUCCGCCGCCGCGAGUGUACCGCCACAGUCGUGCUGUUGGUGGACACACCCAGACAGCCACGUCGUCUCGGCAGUGACACCGGCCACCCUUCAGUUUGUAAAGGACAUGGAGAGAGGCUAUUUUGCGAGGCGGGGAGACGCGUCUGCCACAGCUCCGAGGAUCCUUCACGUGGGGGUACCAGCAGGGCACGUCUCCACAUUGUCUGUCGCACCAGCCCCCGACACCAACGUCGUUGCUGCUGCCUCAGCUCUACCAGUCGACUGCCAAAUCAGCAGCGCGGUGUGCCACGUGGAUGUCCUGGCUGCUCUGCGCAGAUCUCUGCCGCAAUUGACCCUCUCCGCCAAGGCCCUAUGUGAGCUACUGCUGCUUAAGCACGUCGAGUCUCGCAUCCUGCGCAGGCAACUGCGAUUGCAUCGGAGGCAGUUGGCGCUGCAACAGCGAGGGCAGCUCAAUGUGGAGGGUUCUGCGAUUGAUGUGGAGACCGAGACACACGGCUUUCUCGCAGCAGUGGAGAAGGCAGCUGAGAAUCAUCUACUCUCCGCCCCACCCUCCGGGAAGCUGUCUAACAGGUUCUACGUGUGGGUCGGCGUGGCUGCCGAGUCGCUCCUUCCAUCGUCCAGGAUUUCCUCUACACCUCAGACAAAGGAGAGCGCGGAAUCGCCACCUGUUGCUGCCGGUGCUGCUCUUCACCCUGCUGUCUUGGCCGAGGUGGAGACGGCUGGCGUCGUGGCCGAGGUCGAGUACACGCACCACUCCCCAUCCUGUGACUCAGCCUCGUCCGUCAUCGACUUCACCGCGCGCCUCGAUGUACCCUCUGAUAUGCCAGAGAGAUCCAAGCAUCUUGUUGCGCUGGAGGAGUGGCGUGUCGCGCUGCGGGACGCGCUACUUUAUGUGCUUCGUCGUACCUGCAAAGACAGCGCUUCUGUUCGACUCUGGGCGGAUCUGUUCGUGGAUAACGCCGAUGUGUCUGCAUUGAAGGUCGGUACCGGUGCCGCGAAUGUUCGGCGCUCGGACAAGGUGCUCGAGCUCGCAGAGGAGGAGUAUGAGGCUAUCGACACGGCGCAGACUGUGCCGACUCGAGGAGCGGCGCACCUACCGGACCUCUAUGACCGCUCUUCUUUGCCCGGCACGGAGGCAGGGGACCGAAGGGCGGACUGGUUGCGCGACACGAACUACCUGGAGUGGCGGCGACGUCGAACUCAGCUAUGA